AUGCAUGCAAAGUGGCUGAGUAAGGUUUUCUUGAACAAAAUUGCUGAGAACCCCAAGAUUAAGUUAACCACAUUAAUGAGGAAAGCAUACACAAAGUGGAAUGCGGAGUUGACCAAAUCUAAGGCCUCCAGGGUCAGACAGUUUGCUCUGGAUGAGUUGCAGGGGACAUAUGUGGAGCAGUACAGAAGAUUAUAUGACUACUGUCACGAGAUACUGAGGACCAACCCUGGGUCAUCAGUGCAUCUGAAAAUUCAAAGGCCUCCUGAGUUUGCUUUUGAAAGACCAGUGUCAGGGGUAGAUUUAAGACCCAGGUUUGAGAGGAUCUAUGUGAUGUUGGAUGCUUGUAGGAGGAGUUUUAUGGCUUGUAGGCCAAUGAUUGGGUUGGACGGGUGUUUUCUGAAAACACCUUAUGGAGGUUGGCUCCUGACUGCAAUGGGUUGGGACCCAAACGAUCAAAUCCUGCCAAUAGCAUAUGCUGUAGUGGAAGCUGAAACCAAGGACUCAUGGACAUGGUUUCUCCAGCACCUAUGUGAUGACCUGGGAGUUGACAAAAUUAGGACCUGCAUCUUCAUGUCUGACCAACAGAAGAAGAGAUAUCCAGGAAUCCAGUUGAAGCUAAUGAUGUGGAAUGCUGCCAAGGCAACUUAUCUUCAAGAAUGGGAAAGGAGGAUGAGUGAGAUACAAAAGGUGGAUCAGAAAGCAUACAAUUAUCUUAUGGAGAUUCCAACAAAGGAGAAGCCAAUAGUAACUAUGCUAGAGGAUAUCCGGGUUUAUAUCAUGAAACGUUGUGCUGACAACAGGGACAGAAUAGUGCCUUACAAUAGAGAUGUGUUACCCAGAAUUAGGAUUAAGGUAGAAAAACAGGCCGAACUAUCUGGUAAUUGGGAAGUUUCAACUGUCUGGAAUUCCUUGUGCACACAUGCCAUGACAUGCAUAAGAAAAAUGUGUUUCAAUGUGGAUUCCUAUGUUGCUGACUACUACAAAAAGGCUGCAUACAUCUCUUGCUACCAGCAUGUUAUCUACCCACUUAAUGGGCCAAACCUUUGGGACAGAACUCAGUUCGAGGAUGUAUUACCUCCAACUUAUAGAAAACCCAUUGGGAGGCCAAAGAAGAAGAGGGCACGAGGUGUUGAUGAGCAGGCUACUAGGACUGGACUAUCUCGUGAAGGGCAACAACAAAAGUGCUCUUAUUGUUUGUGCUCUGGCCAUAACAAAAGGAGUUGUCCAAAGAAGCGCAAAGUCACUCCAAACCCAACUGUUAACAAUGUUGCUACUUCUACUUCAAAGGGGAGAAAAAGGCAAGGAGUCAGAAAAAGUUCCAGACUAUCUGCCAAGACAGAUUCUAGUAAGGCUGCUGAUAGUGGAAGUAGGAAGCAAAAGGGCAGCAAGAACAAACCACCCUCACACCCAAAGAGGAAGCAAGCUGUGAGCUCCCAACAAUCACAAGCUGCUUCGAAAAGGACCAAAGUGAAUCAUUCACAGACUGCUUCUGCACCAGCCCCAACAACUCCAAGGGUUCUGCCAAGUCCAGUGAAGAGGGUGACCCAGUCUCAGCUCAGGUUCAUGGCCAGGACACCACCAAGAGCAUGGAAGAAUGUGGAAUGA